UUACAUAACAAUAUAUUCAAAUAAUUUUUUUCUAUACCGUGAGCUGAGUGGUUACAGAAUGACGUCACGACUCACAGGGCCGAAAGAUCUCUUGAAUAAUUUGACUAAAAGCAAGAACAGGAAGUGCCAUGGCAGACAAACGAGUAGAAUGUAUCACAAAGAAGAUUGCCUCUUAUCCUGAUUUUCCUAAACCUGGGAUUGUGUUUAAAGACAUCUUUUCCGUUCUUGCUGACCCGCCUGUAUUCAAAGAUUUGAUGGUUAUCUUUGAGGAACGCAUACGAGCUAUAUGUCCUGAUGUGGAGAUCAUCGUGGGUCUUGAGUCUAGAGGGUUUUUGUUGGGCACCCCUCUAGCACUUGCUCUGGGUGUACCCUUCGUACCUGUGAGGAAGAAGGGAAAAUUACCUGGGGAAUUGAAGCAAGUGUCCUACAAGUUGGAAUAUGGAACAGAUGUAUUUGAGGCCCAAGCUAAUAGUGUGAAACCAGGGCAGAAGGUGGUUAUUGUGGACGAUCUGUUAGCAACAGGAGGUACCAUGAAGGCUGCCUGUGAUUUGGUAACAUCCUUGGGUGGGGCAGUAGCUGUAUGUUUUGUCUGCAUUGAACUUGUAGACUUAAAAGGUCGGGAACAGCUAACAAAACCUUGUGAUGCUAUUGUCAAGUUCUAAAUCUGCAAAUCUCAUUCUGAAGGAUAAAUUCAUCGCUUCGUCAACUGCUGUUGGAUGAAUAGUGGAUGUGGGAAUAGAAAUUUGAUACAUUGUAAAGUAUUUAGAAUUGGUAAGUGAUGUCAUUUUUUGUUAACACAGCUGGUAUUUGCAUCACCAGUGUACAUGGUCCAAAGAUGCAAGUUACAUGCAAUUAACUCCUUUCUAUCUGGCAACUAUAAGACCAGGAUGCUGCCAUUUAAUAACAAAUUGUUUGAGAGAUAUACCUGUACUUCCCUGGCAAAAUUGUAAUAGUGUACUAAAUAAUAUAACUAAUGUUUCAUAAUGACUUGAACAACAGAUUUAAGCAUCUUGCCCAUUCCUCCCCUACCUGAGCAUUAUGUAACAUUUCUCCCACCUGACCUUGUUGACCUGAAUUAUUAUAGUUAACCUUAAAAAUUUAAUUGAUACAAAAUAAAGUUGGGUGACCUACAGUGUCUUGAUGAAGGAUGGUGAAAAUACUUGAACCGAAAAGGUAAAGUUUUAAUGUUAUGGUAAGUGAAAGUUAUGUUGAAGUGAAAACUAGAACUAAAAUUAUAAACUACACUUCGUUGUAGGGUGGUAUGGGGUGAGAUCAGACUCUUAACCAUUUACUUUGCUGUGGUAGAAGGCUCAAUAUACAGAAACAUUUAACCAUCUGAAAUUUACAGAUAAAGAGAAAUGGCAUCUUGUCCGGUUUGGGACCAUAUUUGGGACAGGAUCGGACACAGUUCAUAUCAUCCCCCCCCCUCGAAAAAAGACCAAUUUAGAGAAAUAUAAAAGGAUACAAAUAUACCAGCAUACAAAAUAGGACUACCAGGUAAUGUUUAUUUAGAAAUUGUUAAAUAAUUUCUUGAAUCUACAUCUGACACCUAAGCUUCAAUAUGGGAGCAGAUGCCAUGUUGUAAUGUCCACUCCUGUGUCUCCAAAUGUAAACUCCUUUUCGUCAUUAUAUUCUCAUAACCUCACUCUAUAUACAGUACUGUACACAUUUUAUAACAACCACCAACUAUCAUUAUUUUGAAGAUAAAAAAAAAAAUAGUGCAGGUAAUUUAAUAACAAAAACAUACUUGAAAAGGGACUGUCUCCUUCUCUCAUAGACAAGCCAACCCUGGGUAUAACAUCACAAGGCUGUCACCAUCACCUAGGUAGCCAUACUGUGUAAUUUUUCUGCACACUAGAUGCUCUGUCCCACCCCAUACUACCCUACACAUAUUCACUAGAUCCAUCAUGCACUUUCACAGUCAGUUCAUCUGUUACUUCCCAGUCAGUCAGUUCAUCUGUUACUUCCUAAUCAGUCAGUUCAUCUGUUACUUCCCAGUCAGUCAGUUCAUCAGUUACUUCCCAGUCAGCCAGUUCAUCAAUUAUGGUACUUCCCCAAUCAGUCAGUUCAUCCGUUACUUCCCAGUCAGUCAGUUCAUCUGUUACUUCCUAAUCAGUCAGUUCAUCUGUUACUUCCUAAUCAGUCAGUUCAUCUGUUACUUCCUAAUCAGCCAGUUCAUUAGUUACUUCUUCAUCAGCUGGCUCUUGGAAGUUAUAUUGAACUUAUCACAGAUGUCAGCUUGCUUAAUGUUUUUGUAGGAAAGUGGAAUGUAUAAUGUAGAGUAACAUAGCCUCCUGUGUAGAGUAGCAAGCCGGCUCUGAGCAAAUUUGUGGAUUAACUCUGACCCUUCUGCCAUUCUAGCCCCCAGAAUCUACUCCUUUCCUCUGUUUUCUUUGGUUUUAAAGGUCUCUAGUAUUUUGUCACCAGCUAGCAUAUGGACAACCCUAAUUUCUUUUAUCUCUUUCAAUCCAUAACUCUAUUUGACUUUCACUGAGGUUACAUACAGAGUUUGUGGAGUAACAACGUGGCAGUCAUUUACUUUACUGUAGAUUUCUUGUGACAAACAUUGAAUGUGGCAUCUUGAAGGUUAUACACUUUGUGGAAGUCUUGAAUGUUGUCUUCAUGGUUGAUAAAGAUGAAGAAAUGUUUUUCCCAUAAUGACGCUAAAGGUUUUAGAUGUCAUCCUUUGGUUUCAUCAGUUCAGGGUGCUGUACAGUACAACUUGUUUUACCACCUAGUUAUAAGUGCUUGUACAUUCCACAUAUAGUUUUAAUUAUAUUGUAGUGACUUGUUAAAUAUGAAUAAAACAAAUUAUUCGA